AUGCCCAAGCCCCACUACGCCGCUUCCUCACCUCCGCAUCCGCCGCCGCAGCAGCCGCCGCUCCUCCCGCUCGCGCUCGUCCCGCCGCGGCAGUGCCCGCUUGCCGCGGCCGUGCUGGCGCUGCUCUCGCUGCUACUCGCCACCGGGCUCUGGCUCCUCCUCGUGCUCUCCCCGUCCCAGGGGGCGCCCCCCGCCGCAUCUGAGCACUCGGCGCUGUCGGAUGCGCGCGCCGUGGCCGCGGCCGAGGGCCCCGGCGCGGCCUCGCCUCUCUCGCUCGGCCACAUCGUCUUCGGCAUCGCCGGGUCGGCGCAUCUCUGGCCGCGCCGCCGCGAGCACGUCCGCCUGUGGUGGGACCCCGCCGCGAUGCGCGGCAACGUCUGGCUCGACGCGGGCGCGCCCGCCGCGCCGGGGCCUAGCGCCCCCUGGGAGGGCUCCCUCCCGCCGAUCCGGGUGUCCGAGGACACCUCGCGCUUCAGGUACACCAACCCCACGGGCCACCCGUCGGGGCUCCGGAUCGCACGCAUCGCCGCUGAGGCCGUGCGGCUCGUCGGCGGAGGGGCGGGCGCGCGGUGGGUCGUGCUUGUCGAUGACGACACCGUGCUGUGCGCGGACAACCUCGUCGCCGUGCUCAGCAAGUACGACUGGAGGGAGAUGGUGUACGUCGGGGCGCCGUCCGAGAGCCACUCCGCCAACACCGACUUCAGCCAUAGCAUGGCUUUCGGAGGUGGCGGUGUCGCGCUCAGCUUCCCACUCGCCGCUGCACUCGCGCAGACGCUUGACGUGUGCAUCGAGAGGUACCCCAAGCUGUAUGGAAGCGACGAUCGCCUCCAUGCCUGCAUUACGGAGCUCGGCGUGCCCCUAUCCCGCGAGUACGGAUUCCACCAGUGGGAUAUCAGAGGCAAUGCUCAUGGGUUAUUGGCAUCUCAUCCAAUUGUUCCUUUCAUCAGUAUCCACCAUGUGGAGCUUGUGGACCCCAUAUACCCUGGAUUGAACUCUCUUGAGAGUCUGGAGCUGUUUACGAAGGCUAUGAAAAUGGAACCCAUGAGCUUCCUGCAGCGUUCAAUUUGUUAUGAUCAAAGCCAAAAACUUACAUUUGCUAUCUCGUUGGGCUAUGUUGUUGAAGUAUACCCCAAUGUUCUUCUUCCUCGUGAUUUGGAGCGAUCGCAGCGUACUUACAUUGCAUAUAAUAGGAUGAGUCAGAGAAAUGAAUUUGAUUUUGACACUAGAGAUGUUCAGAAGUCUUUAUGCAAGAAGCCAAUCUUAUUUUACUUGAAGGAUGUCUGGAAGGAUGGAAACAUAACUAGGGGAUCUUACGCACGAUCAAGUGCUAGGGAUGACCUCAAAAGAAAGGUGUUUUGCUUCCGGUCACCCCCUUUACCUGACAUAGAUGAGAUCCAAGUUUCUUCGUCUCCAUUAAGCAAGCGCUGGCAUCUGGACCAGCUCGUCUUCUACGUCACGCCCACCGACAUGCUCGCCAAGUUCACUGUCGAUCCCUCCAAGUCCCGCGUCCGCCUCGGCGGCCUCGUCCUCGAGGGCUCCGUCGCACACCCCUCGCCAUCCUCCCUCGAGAUUGAGUCCGUCGUCACGGACCUCAUCACCAACGUGCUCGUUCGCUGCGAGGGCGCGUUGCCUGGCCUUUUCCGCGAGGGCCACUCCGUCGUCGUCGAGGGCCUCCUCAAGCUCUUCACCGGCGACCUCCGCCGUCGCGACGACGGGAGGAAGGUCACCAAGAAGGCGCGGGAGUGCGCGUGCUUCUUGCGCGGCACCGAGGUGCUUGCCAAGCACGACGAGAAGUACAUGCAAAAGGAGGUCAGCGAGGCGCUCGAGCGAAACAAGAAGCGUCUCGAGGCCGAGGCGGCGAGGCCCGCCGCUCAAGGGUCCACUAUGGUCAUGCGGCGGAGAAAAGCAAAGGCAAGCUCGUAA